CGUGGAUAACCUCGACGCCAUAAGACCCUCGGCCACUUUGUCUCUCCCCAUUCUUCCCACACCAUGUUCCCACGACUCCGCCCCGCUACGCGCUCCGUACGCCUCCCAGCGACGCCCGCCCGCCGCUUCUCGUCGACGCCGCGCCCCCGCGCCCCGGCCCCGGCGCACGACGGCGCGCGCGCCGAGCACGCCGCGUACCAGGCCUCGAUCGCGGCGGCCAAGCGCCGCUGGUGGAUCCAGCAGGGCGUUAUCCUCGCCGGCGUCCUCGGCUUCGGGUACACGGGCUACAUCCUUGGCCGGUCGCUCGCGCCGCUAAAAGUGCAGAUGCAAGGGCUGUUGACGACACCAGAUGCGAGCGCGCUCCUCGACAAGACGCAGCCGCAGUACGGCAGCGUCGCGGACUACCGCGCGUGCAUUGGGGAGAUCGCCGAGCUGUUCGCGAAGCGCGGCAAAGCCGACCGCGUGAGCACGGACGAGGACGACCUCCGCUCCCACGGCAUCAGCGACUGGAGCUACCACGAAGCCGAGCUGCCGACCGUCGUCGUGUGGGUCGAGAGCACCGAGGAGGUGCAGGACAUUGUGCGCCUCAGCAGCAAGUACCGUGUGCCGAUUACGCCGUUUAGCGGCGGCACAUCGCUCGAGGGACACUUUGCGAGCCCGUUCGGCGGGAUUUCCCUCGACGUCUCGCUCAUGGACAAGAUCAUCUCCGUAUCCGAGGCGGACGGCGAGGCCGUGUGCCAGCCAGGCGUCAAAUGGGAGGACCUGAACGCCCACCUCGCCAAGCAGGGCAUCCCCCUCUUCUUCCCGAUCGACCCCGGACCGGGCGCGACGCUCGGCGGCAUGGCCGGCACAGGCUGCUCGGGCACCAACGCCGUGCGCUACGGCACGGCCAAGGGCGAGUGGUUCUUGAACCUUACCGUCGUCCUCCCCACCGGCGAAGUGAUCAAGACGCGCUCCAAAGCCCGCAAGUCGUCGGCCGGGUGGGACGCGACCAAGAUCUUCCUCGGGGCCGAGGGCACGCUGGGCAUCGUCACCGAGUGCACGGUCAAGCUCGCGCCGCUGCUCCCGACCAAGGUGGCGGUGAUGAACUUUCCGGGCGUCGAAGAGGCCGUGCGCGCCGCGACCGAGAUCGUGAACGCAGGCUAUCCCGUCCAGUGUGUCGAGUACCUGGACUCGCGGACGAUGAAGGCGAUCAACGCGGGCGGCAUCGCCGGCAAGAAGUAUCCCGAGCAAGACAGCCUGUUCUUCAAGUUCCAGGGCACGGACGGGAUGAUGAAGGAGACGUCGCGCGGCGUCGCGGCGAUCGCGGCGCGGCACGGCGGGCGCGACAUGCAGUUCAGCCAGAGCGACGCCGACGCCGACAAGCUGUGGGAGGGCCGCAAGGCCGCGCUGUGGAGCGUGCUUGCGCUGCGCGAAGACGGGCGCGUGUGGACCACCGACGUGUGUGUCCCCAUCUCCAAGCUGCCGCGGCUGGUGCGCGAGACGGCCGCAGACUUUGAGGGGCGCGGGCUCGAGGCGUGCCACUUCGGACACGUCGGCGACGGGAACGUGCAUACCCUCGCCCUGUUUUCGGACGAGGAAGAGCUGGAACGCGUGCGUGACGCCGUGCAUGAGAUGGUCGAGCGCGCCAUCCGCCUCGGCGGCACGUGUUCCGGCGAACAUGGCGUCGGGCUUGGUAAGAUCGAGUACCUCCCCAUGGAAUUGGGGACGGGCACCGUCAACUUUAUGGAGGGCAUCAAGCGUUAUGUUGACCCCCUCAACCUCUUCAACCCCGGCAAGGUGUACCCCAACAUCAAGCCCCAGGGGCCCAAGAAGGAGGAGUAGGCGGGUGAGCCGAGCAUGCGUGACGUGUAGUAGAUGUUCGUAUCGGUUCCAUGGAUGUGUGUACGCCGCG